AAUAACAACAAACAUCAAAAACAUUACGCGUGCCGUCUCCAGGAGUUAUUUAACUUUUACUCAUAAAAUAGUGUAUAUUUAUCCAACAACAGCAAUGCAGUUUUCAAAACUAUUAACCAGAUUGAGUUUGAACGCAAACAGUAGCUUGGCACGUGGCCUGUCGUCAAACACAGCGGCAAUAGUGAAGGUGCACCGUAGCAUCUACGCCCGGCGCUAUCCCACCAUGAUGGUGCUGCCCGAUGGUGCGACUAUCAACCUCAGCUAUCACGAACCAAGAAGGAUUAUUAAGCUGCCGCUUGACCUAAGCUUGCUGUCAGAAGCGGAACGUAAAGCACGCAUCGAAAAGCGUAAACCAAAGCAGAAGAUUCGCAUCGACGACGAUGUGGAGGAUACAUUUAGCGCAAACAAAUAUCUAAAGUAUAUGAAGAAGAAAUAGGCGCUUGGUGUAGCGUGCAGCAGAUCGCUUGUACAUAGGGAAACAUCGUCGUAGACACGAUCGAAUUCGAUGCAAAUAAAUGUAUUUGAAUUUGCUCUA